ACGAAAACAACUUUUCUUAUAACUUAACGCUCGCAUAUUUCUAAAAAUAUUUCUUAGCUUCUGGAAUUUGCGAUGCUUUGAUGGUCUUCCUAGUAAAGAAUAAUAAAAUUACAGUAUGAUUCUAAUUAUACAUAAAAACUAAAAAAGAAAUAUAAACUUCACCAAUAAAUCAUCUGAUAUCAAAGUGCCUACAGAUUCCGCUCCAAUGUACCUUUCCGUUUACAGAAAGAAUCGUCUUUGCGGAAUCAUGCGCUGAAUAUCAACUCAAGCAGCAGUAAUAAAACGCCGUUUUUACGUCCGAAUUCUUUUCAAAAAGACGACGCGUUCUCGAUCUUCCAAUGUUUAUGAAAAGUUGGGUAACAUGGGUUCGGAGAAUGUUUUUGAAUUCUAAUCACACGUUAGAAAUUCUGUAUUUUUACUAUAUUUCACUAUUUACUUCAUCUCUUUGUUGGUGAAAGAUGGGGAAGUUGCGCGUUUUUGAAAUAGUAUUCGAUAAUGGUAAAUCGGUUUAUAAUCCUUCGGAACUUGUAAAUGGAAAAUGUAUUGUAGAUUUAAGAGGUGAUAUGAAGAUGAAGACUUUAAGGAUAUUAAUGAGAGGCGUUGCUAAAGUACAUUGGACAGAAUCGAGAAGUACUGGAAAUCGACUAGGUGCUUAUACAGAACAUUAUAAUGCUGAAAUUGAGUACUUCCUGAAACGACAAGUCCUAUUCGGUUCUGAGACUGGAGAUGGUCGAGAUGUUUUGACUGAAGGUCAUCAUGAGUUUCAUUUUUCUUUUCAGUUACCAUCUGGGGGGAUUUCUACAUCUUUUGAGGGAAAAUAUGGUAGCAUUCGAUAUUGGCUGAAAGCAGAAAUGGAAAAACCAUGGACAUUUAAUCAUAAGGCCAAGAAAGCUUUCACUGUUAUUUGUCCUAUUGAUAUUAAUCGGACAGAAUAUUUGGUACCUGUAGAGAAUAAUAUGGAAAAAGUAUUGUGUUGUUGGUGUUGUACUUCAGGGCCUAUUUCUUUGUAUGCUCGGACUGAUCGGAAAGGAUAUUGUCCUGGUGAGUCCAUAGCUAUUACUGCAGAUUUUGAAAACCUUUCUAGCCGUACCAUCAUACCUCAUGCCACACUUCACCAGACACAAACAUUUUUAGCUGGUGGGAAGUCUCGAACUAGACACAGCAAAUAUACAAUUGUUACAGGUCUGGCCAUUCAGCCUGGAAGAACUACGAGUUGGGAUGCUCAGCUUUUAAAAAUCCCAGCUGUCACUCCUUCAAUCAUUAAUUGCUGCCUAAUACGAGUGGAUUAUGCAGUUAGAAUAUCAUUGCAAAUUCCUGGAGCUUACAACUUAAGCAUGGAUCUUCCAGUCCUUAUUGGAACUGUACCAUUGCGUCCAAUUAGUUAUCGUCAUGUGACCCCUGUUUUGGAAAAUAUUAGGGACACAAGUGAUAAUCAGAUGUUUUAUCCACCAGCACCACCAUAUAGUGAUAUUGAUCUACCUGUUGUUCCUGCUGAGCCGCCUCCUACAUAUGCAGAAUGUGUUGAAGGAUCUGUAGAUAUUGCUGAUGAUGAUGACGACAAUAUCAUAGGAGAUACACGUUUUACUCCCAUGUAUGCGUAUGUUCACAGUUAUCAAUAUCAACCGCCACCAGCCUAUUCUGAGGUGGAUCCUCAUCUUGAAGAAGCUUACAGUUAUGGUAGUGAAAUCAGAUGAAAUUUUGAAGAGUAUUUAUGCAUUGUUUAUUCAAGAUUAUAAGUCUAAUCAAUAGUGAGAGCCUAUUUCACUUCAGAAAGUUGGAAAGUAAUUAGCUUUGAGUUUGUCAAUGCCAGUGAUUUCUAUGCAGAUCUGAUGGAUGCUUUGAUUUUUUGUGAAGCUUCAGGUUUAGCAUUUGUAACAUCCGUGAUGUUUCUUUUUAAAAACAUGAAUGAAGUCUUAUAUUGGUGAUGUAUAUUUUAAAUAGAAAAAUAGCAUAAAUUUUCCAAGUUCAGUAUUGUUUUUUAUUCUUUUAGUAUUCUGCAUCUGAUUUUUAAACAUCAUAAGUUAUAAUAGCUCAUUUUUGUGAGUCCUAUUUUUAAAAUAGAAAUCUUUUAAUAACUUGUUUUGUUUGCUUUAAGUGCUGUGUUUGAAAAUCAUUACGUAGUUUUAAUUCAUGUGGUUGAACAUUGCAGAAAUAGUGUUUGAAAUUAAAUAUUACAUUAAGUAUUGUCUGAAAUACUUUAUAUUUACAAGAGCAAUUUAUUUCAUUAUCUGGCUUUAUGUUGUGUUAUUUAUUAUGCAGCACAUAUAACUAUAAAAAAUUAUGUGGUUUGCUAUGGUCUCUUCAAACGACAGUAUUUGAACCAAAACAAGUGAAAUAACAAUAAUAAUGAUGCAUUUUUAAUUGUAAAAUAAUUUGUUCUUAUAAUAUAAAAAGUUUUUGUUUUACUGUGAAAUAAUAUAUGUCUUAUAAUAUAGAUUCUAUUACAUUGUGAAACAAUUAUGAAUACCUUAUAAAAAAGUGGUAGCACCCUCAUAUUUGAUUUGUAUAGAUGUUUAUUUUAAGGUUCAUAAUUUAUGUGAAAAUUUAAAUACAUCUGAUCCUUUUGGUCUUUAAACAUUUCUAUAGAUUGCUUAUGUUUUUAAUGCUUAGAGCAUUAACCUCUGAAAGACACUUCGUAUUAAUUCUGGUAUUGUUUUAGUUAAUAGUUUGCUCUGCUAUCACAGAUUUAUACAUUUUAUUAGAAGUUAGAGGCAAAUAUCCUUUCAUAAUCCAAAUACUUUUGACAUUACUGAAGAUUAGAAAGGUGACAUGCAAAUUUUAAAAUAACUGUUACAUGUAAAUUCAGUGGGAUUUCAUUCUUUUAUAUAUUGCUAAUGCAUUAAUUUUAUUUCAUAAAUGAACAAUUUUACAGUGAAGCAUUAAGCCAUUAUUUAGUUAUUAUUUUACAACAUCAGACCAAUUAUAAAAAAUGAAAUGUUAUUAAAAUGAAUUACUGACAUUGGUAAAGUUUUACCCUUGUUUAUUUUAUUAUUAUUAUUAUUAUUUUUUAUUUUUGAAAUGGUAAAAAUAAAGUCAUCCCUUUCUUGGAAUUUACGAAAAAGAUGUAUUGUCAUUGCAUUAAACUUUUUCAUAGCUUGGAGGGUGAACAUUUUACUGAAACAUUAUUCAUUUCUUUUUUUAUUGACAGUAUCAAGCCAGCUCUGAAAAUUAUGAAUUAUGAUUAAAAUGAGUUAUUGCUAAAAUGUUACUUUUUUUUUUUUUGGUAAUGUUUAAAACUAAAUUUUUUCAGUCUUGUUUACUUAUACAUAGUCAUUUUCUGUGUUCCCUAGGCUGUUAGUUAUAAUGUAAAUAUAAUUCAGUUUUUUUGCUUUUGUAAUUUAUUUCUUUUGAUUUGCUCUUGAGGCUGUACUUUUCACAUUACGGUUGCAUAUGCUAAUGCACAUUCUUGUUUCAUUUGGAUUAUAAUGGUGACCUUCUAAUGCUCUUUCUUCAGGAAGAUAUAAGGUUGAAAAUGAUGAUGUUUAUAGAGUUAAUAACUUCAAAUUUGCAUAUUAUGUAAAAGUAUGUAAAUAUUCUUAAACUGUAACAGCAGAUGUAAAUGGGAUCCAUAAGUGAUGUGAUAUUAUUAAUAUUUUAUUUUUAAUUUGAUAUGUUCUAGAAUUUAUUACUUUAGUUUGAAAAUUAAGAGAAAUUUAUUAUAAAUAUAGAUAGCAAACAUUAAAUUUUAUCAAACUCAAUGAAAUAAAUCAAAAUAGUUGAUUGUCUUAAAUAAUUAUUAAUCAAAAACAGAUCCAAAGAAUCAAUAGAAAAAAAAAAAAAAAAAAUAGACCUUCAAAAAAAAAAAGGGGGGCGGGGAGAUAAUUGUAGCCUGGAUCUAAUAAAUUUCUUUGACAACUUUACUUAGGAUUGAACAUUAAAAUAAUUCAAUAUGCAAAUAAACAUAUGUAGAAUUUUACAGUUGAUAUACACUUUUUUAUCAGUUUCAUGUGUCAUUAAAAAUGUUGAUGUUUAGUGGGAAUAUUUUUAUAAGUAUUUAUAAAUGGCAUUCUUUCUGUUGUUCAUAUCAUUUAAUGUAAAUUUGCAUGUUGUGUUGCAUAUCAACUUCAAAAUGUAUAAAAUGCCAGUGUCUUGUAAAUCAGAGUCUUCCUGCCAGAAUAUUACAUUUAUAUUUUUACACUGUAAAUAGUAAUCUGUAGUAUUAAGUAAAUUUGAUUAAUUUUUAAAGCUACUUGUGUGUUUAUUUUUCAUAUUAUAUCUAGUUUACUCUUUGUAUGUUAAAAAGCUUUUUUGGUUGUAUUUUCUUUAAAAUGUUUUUCACCCUUGAUAGCCUUAAAUUUAAUUAUCUAUAUUGUUUUUAAUUGUAGUAUUAAUACUUUUUAAAAGUUGUAUAUUAUGUGUGUUCUAGUCUUUUGUUGUAUUUAUCAGAUUGGUUUUUGGUUUUCUUUUUGUAUUAAAUCAAAUGUGUGGAAAUGACAUAUUAUAGUUUUCAUAAUACUGUAUUCCUUUCUGAUGGGGAAUUUAAAAUCAUAUUCAUUUUCUGUUACAUCAUUUACUUUUAUGUGAAUCAUUGUGUAAUCAGGAUUUUUUUUUAAUGUAUUGAAUCAUUUAAGACAUUUCAAGAAAUUUUAUCGAACAGUGAGUGCAGUUAAUAAUUUCUUAAAGAAGUUUCUUUGUCAGCUGCAUGUUAGCUGCUCAGUUGCAGAACUGUUUUUUUUUUUCCCCAAGAAAAUUCAUUUUGAUAAUAAAACAAUGCUAGUAUCUGGUUAAAAAUACUAAGUAAAAUUUACAUUCUGCCUUUUUGCCCCCCCCCCUUGAGUAAUCACAUUAUUUCUGUUAUUUUUCAUUGUUCUGCAUACAUUAUUUAUUUGAAAUUUCAAAUAAUUCUUUUAUGAAUAUUAACCCUUCUUAAAUCCCUUUAAAAGAUAAAGAAGCAGGCAAUAUAUAUCAUAUUGAAAUUUAGUGCAUUUUGCCUUAUAUGUAAAUUUUUAAAAUCUACUUUCCACGCUUAACCUUUUAAGUAUUAUGAAAAUAAGAGAAAGGGUAUGUAUUAGUUUCACAUUAUUUUAUGGUCUAAUGUAUUAUGUAUGUAGGUAUAUAGGUAUAUAUAUAUAUAUAUAUAUAUAUAUAUACACACACACCAUAUUAGUUUUACUUUAUAUAUAAUAAAUAAUGAAACUAACAACUUUAGUUUUACACUUUUACAUGUUUAUAAUUUUUCAAAAAUUAUAAACAUGUAAAAAACACAAACUGUAAUAAAAUUUGCCUUGAUGAAACAAUUUUUAUAUUUAGUACAGAGGUAUGAAGCAAAUUAUGUAAAUUUUUAGUCAGCACCCUUCUUUACAUAGAUAGGGAAAUUUCCAUGUUCAAAAUUGUAUGUUGCAUUAGUGCCAUCGUGAGGUUGACUUCAUUUUAAUGCUAUUUGAUAAAUAUUCAAUUUUAAUUGAAAAAAGAGUUUAAUAAUCAACUAUGCAAUAUUUAUGCAUUUCUGAAAAAAUUUAAUUUCAAAGAGAAUUUACUUGUAGUUUUAUUCAGCAUGUGUUCAAAUGUUAUGUACAUUUUUUAAAAAAAUAAUUUGUCUAAUUGUUCUGCACAUAAUCUAGUGUAUGUUCUUCUUUCUUAUGAAUACUGUUUGAUUAUUAGUUCAUUAAAUUGUAUUCACCAUGUUUUUAAUCAGAGUUUAGAAAUAUAAUUCAAUAAAUAACUGCUGUGACAUAGUUAUAUUCAGUAAAAUUAUCUUAAUGUAAGUUCAUAAGCUAGUCAUUUAUUAUGAGUAUUUUCUGUUAUGCUUUUUUAAUAUUCAUGCUUUUCUCAAAAUGAAGCGUGAUAUUAUAUGAUUAAAAAAAGUGUAUUUUAGUGCCAAAUAAUAAUAACACUUGUGUUAAAUGUUAAUAAUUGUUAAAACGACUCUUUAAUGAAACUCUACUGUUAUUAUUUAAUAUUAUGCUAUGAAAAUUCACUUUUAUAAUAUAUCCAUCUAUUGUUGUUUAAAAAAAAAACAAUAAAUUUGUUUUUGUGUUAGUGUUAAAUUUUUAUUACAUUUCUCUUUAAAGUUGCAAAUUUUCAUUGUAUGCAUAUGGGGCAAACCUAAUUCUAACAUAUUGCAUAAAAUUAUAUGUAAAAUAUUUAGAGAUUCAGUAUAACAUAAAAAUCCAGUUUUCAA